GUUAGGUAUGAGAACGCUUAAAGCAAGUGCGCCAUGGGAAAUUAGCGCGCAUAAAGUUGUUGGCUUUUAGUAAUUUAAAAACGUUAACCAUAACAGACUUUUCAUAAGGCAUGUUUAUUUGUCGUAAUAACUUAGCCAUAGUUGCUAGCUGCUGUUUUUGGACCGACGCUUGCUAGCUCGACUACUCCUUGCAUCACAACAUCGUAGGUCCCCCAUGACUGCAGCUAGCUAGCUGGCCAACAGGGUGAGAAGAAUGACAGAUAACGAAGAAUCUGAGAAAUACCGGCUGUCAUACGAGUUGAAGGAACAGCCCAGAACAGACUCUGCCUGUGUAGAAACCAUUGGGCCCAAGACAGACACCGCCUGUGCAAAGGACCAGACCCUUAGACUCCAGUGUGUUGAAACAUGCCAGCCUGCCUGUAUACCGCCGGGCUGGGUGAAAGUGGUGAAACAGCGAAAAACGGGGAAAACAGCGGGCAAACUGGACGUGUACAUAAUAAGUCCCCAGGGGCAGAAAUUCAGGUCGAGAAUAGCACUGCAGACGUUUCUGGACGCUAACAGCGGUUUGAGCCUUCAGGUGGAUGAUUUUGAUUUCAAAGCGUAUGGGAGUGGCACUCUAUCUUGUGACACUGACAGUAAAGAAACACUUUCAAAACACUGGGAAAGCACAGGCAAGAUCCCUGCACUGACUCAGUCAGCCCCCUCUGUCAAGGAGGAUACUGCAGCCAAUAUCAGAGAUCUACUGAACACAGGAGGAGCCAAAAACUCCACAUCCCCUUUGUACAGAGGCAGAGAUGCUGUUCAGACAGACUUGUCUCCUGAAAGCACCUGGCAGGCCGGGAGCCAGAUUGGUAUCAGUGGCAGUGAAGCAGGUGUCACCUCUGCAAAAACAGCAGAGUUCCUCAGUGGGACGGAGGAGGAGAAGGAGAGAUGUGGCUCAGGAGAGAGUGCGAUUGAAAAGGGCCUCCAGAGGAAUGGGUUUCUGAGGGAGAAGUUGCUCAGGCUGACACAGUCUGUGGAUCCGGAAUUAAGCAUCAAUCUGCAGCAUCCCUUGGAUCAGAUGGAGCAGUCAGCAACUGAGAGUUCUGUCCCAGAAUUCCCUGCUGUGACUAUUGUGGAACAGCCUGCAUCAGAGAGUGAGACUGAGACGGACACAGCAGCUGACUCCAUAUCUGAGCUACCGCAGGAAGACCUGCGCUCACCCACCCUGUCCACCAGGGGGUGCUCUACUCCAGGGAAACAGCAAUUGAACAGAGGAACCAUAAACUCCACAUCCCCUUUGUACAGAGGCAGAGAUGCUGUUCAGACAGACUUGUCUCCUGAAAGCACCUGGCAGGCCGGGAGCCAGAUUGGUAUCGGUGGCAGUGAAGCAGGUGUCACCUCUGCAACAGAGGGGAGAGACAUGACAGCAGAGUUCCUCAGUGGGGCGGAGGAGGAGAAGGAGAGAUGUGGCUCAGGAGAGAGUGCGAUUGAGAAGGGCCUUCAGAGGAAUGGGUUUCUGAGGGAGAAGUUGCUCAGGCUGACACAGUCUGUGGAUCCGGAAUUAAGCAUCAAUCUGCAGCCUCCCUUGGAUCAGAUGGAGCACUCAGCGACUGAGAGUUCUGUCCCAGAAUUCCCUGCUGUGACUAUUGUGGAACAGCCUGCAUCGGAGAGUGAGACUGAGACGGACACAGCAGCUGACUCCAUGUCCGAGUUACCGCAGGAAGACCUGCAUUCACCCACUCGGUCCACCAGGGGGUGCUCUACUCCAGGGAAACAGCAAUUGAACAGCCCUGGUUUCAAGGUACAGGCUGAGAAAAAGAGAACAAGUCCAUACUUCAGUGGGAAGUCAGCUAAAGGAGCACCAAGUCCUCCCAGACGUAAGGCCUUUAAGAAGUGGACCCCGCCUCGGUCCCCCUUCCACUUGGUACAGGAGACACUCUUCCAUGACCCCUGGAAGCUCCUGGUUGCUACCAUCUUCCUCAACAAGACUAGCGGUAAGAUGGCUAUCCCUGUACUGUGGCAGUUUUUUGACCGUUACCCAUCCCCUGAAGUGACGUGUGGAAGUGACUGGAAGCCCAUUGCUGAGCUACUGAAACCUCUAGGCCUGAGCGAACUGAGAGCUAAAAUCAUUGUCCGCUUUUCUGACGAAUACCUAAACAAGCAGUGGCGCUACCCCAUUGAGCUGCACGGCAUCGGGAAGUACGGCAAUGACUCCUACAGAAUCUUCUGUGUGGGGGAGUGGAGGCAGGUUAACCCCCAAGACCACAAGCUGAAUAAGUACCAUGCCUGGCUCUGGGAGAAUCAUGAGAAACUGGGAGUCUGAUACAGCAGAGUAAUCAUGAAUUGUAGUUUGAUUUCAUACACAUUACAGGAAAAUACUUUGAAGCUGGACAAAAUGCAAACGUGGGUUCUUCCUGGUUUUUUCAGUGAAGCUACACGUUCUGUUAUUAACCCAGCGUCAAUCACAUCAAGGCUGAGGGACAAAGUGUAAUGUGGUGUAAAAAACAUGGUAUUAUACUAUAAUCCUAAAUACAUAGGAUUAAAUAUCACCUGUCUCUGUUGGUGUAUAAUUUGUAAAUAUUUUAGUACCUGAAAUCAUUGUAUUAAUGAAGUUUUAAUGUUUGCUUUUAUUUCUCUGCUAUAUGUUUUUCAUUGUACUCAAAUUGCUUAUAAAAUGGAAAAUAAUUUGUCUUGUCUUGGUACACAAAAUACAGUUGCAAGCCUGCCUGUAGAUGGCAACCUGCUUGUUGGACAUUGUUGUAUAACAUUACCCUCAU